AUGUUCAUGUCUCCCUCGUCACGCAAAGACCUCGUCACCUCCACUCCUUUCGUCAACUACCAAGAUCCCGUUUGCAUCCAAGGCGAUCAGUUUCUUCCAGACUUUUCGCCGCUGGUCUAUCUCGACCAACAACAGCAACAACCGCGAUUGCAGUCGCCGUUCCAGUAUCAUCCGGACCUGCACUUCGUCUCUCCGCCGUCUUCCGCGCCCUCUUCGCCUACCUCAUCCCCCUCCUCCUACUCCUCCUACUCCCAGCCUCCCGUGACAACGGCGCUUGCCACGGACUACUCCUCGGCCGUCUUUGACGGCACCACCUCUUUCGAAGCUCCUUCCAUGACUCCCGCGUCCUCCUACAACCCUUCGAUACACAUCUCCCAUCCAACCUCUCCGCCAUCGUCGCAACCCUACAUCCAACAGCAGUAUCCCCAGCAGUACAUCUUCAACAACUCUCCCAUGUUGGCGCAACAACGGGUCGCAAACAACCACGGUUGGGACGCCAACCUCCAGCUCCUGAGCCCCGCGCGCAUUCAGCAGAACAACGUCUCGCAAUACAGCCCAGAGUUCCAGCAGCCGCAGCAACAGCAGAAAGCCUCUCCGAGUCGCUCCUCGAGCAAAUCCGCCCCGGCAGGAAGCUCCUACCAGCGUUCCAACGGUGCGGGCUUCUCGCGGCCACUGCCUACUCCCGAGCACACGCCUGUCCAGCACUCCUUCAUGGGAACUCAAUACCACGGCUUUGAUGAUGCUAGCCAAGCUGAUGCUGAUCUCGCCAUCCGCCGAGCUGUGAUGGAACAGAAGCAGCAACAGCAACAGCAGCAGCCUCACCACCAACACCAAUCCAGCGAACACUCGCUGGCGCCUUCGGUAUCCAGCGUGAGCCACAACUCUCCCGUGACUCCGCAUGCGAGCUUCGAGGAGCUCGACGAUACCUCCAAGGCGAUCGUCAAUGGUGAGCAGCGAAUUUCUGACAUAGACAAAUGGAUGGAUGAUUACUUACAAUUCGAUCCGCCAGAAUACAAUAAUCAAACCGGCAACACCAACACCAAUAUGUCCGUGGGCGUUCCCAGGCUCAACCGCACCAUCUCCGAUGUCUAUCAAGACGAACUCUACAAUCCCGCCAUGAUGUCCGCUUCGCAGGUGCCGAAGCCCCCGACCAACCAGCAGCAGCAGCAGAACAUGAUGCCCUUCCGUAAUGUCUUUGCGGACCGGCUUCAGGCUGCUAACCAGGGUCACCUGUCGGCCCGGUCGCAAUCUCCAGCGGUGGCGAUGAGCCGUGAUCGCUCGCCCUUCCGCCAGGGUUCCCCUCUAGCCGGCGAAUUCGACACGGCUACGCUGCAGAACCCCCCUAUGACCACGAGUGUCCCCGGGCAGCAAGCGGGUAUGGGCCAAGCCGCCUCGGGUGAGCCCAAGACCAUGUCUCCCAAGGACGCUCUGCUGGACUUCAACGAAGGGGAAGAUGCGACGAUGCCCAUGUUCUCCUCGAACCAGGCCGACUUCAACCUGGGCGAUGCCAUGGGUCUCCGACGGGAAAGCUCAUCGUCCUUCCAGCCGUCUCAGAACUUUACGUCGAUGGACUCAUUCCCAGCUCAGUACGCUCCGCAGGGAGUGCCCCAGCAAUACCAUUUUGCCCAGCCACAACAGGGCCGUCAGCACCCGUCCGCGCAGCAGAACAACCUUCUGCACCAGACUCCGGACUUUCCCGCGUCGCUUCCGAACUUUGAGUCUACGGGUAGUGAUAUUCUCCCCUCUACGGAGCUCCCCUCCCAACCGAUGAACAUGCCGAUCCAGCCGGUGCACGAAGAGAUUAUGCGUCCGGAGAAUACUUCCUCUGACAGUGGCACCUACACCUGCACCUAUCACGGCUGCACCCUUCGGUUUGAAACUCCCGCCAAGCUGCAGAAGCACAAGCGUGAGGCACACCGUCAAACCACCCCUGGCGGCCACCUGGUGGGGCGUGACAGUGCGUCGCGCAAUUCUCAGGCUGGUCCCCACAAGUGUGAGCGGAUCAAUCCCUCGACAGGCAAGCCGUGCAAUUCGAUCUUCUCUCGCCCCUACGACCUGACGCGGCACGAGGACACGAUCCACAAUGCUCGCAAGCAGAAGGUUCGCUGCCAUCUGUGCACAGAGGAGAAGACGUUCUCGCGCAACGAUGCGCUCACCCGACACAUGCGGGUGGUGCACCCGGAGGUCGAUUGGCCUGGCAAGCAGCGGCGCCGGGGUCGGGAGUGA